AUGGCGUCGCUACCUUCGUCUCCUCCUCCUUCACCUGCUCCUUCUAUUUCUCCUUCUUUAUCAGAGUCCACUUUCUCUCAUCUCCCUGUCAUGUCUAUGAAGAAGAAAAUUGUCGAUAAAGUUCAACAAAAUCGCGUCACUCUCAUCAUCGGCGAGACCGGUUGCGGGAAAAGUUCACAAAUUCCUCAGUUUCUUCUAGAAGAAAACAUGACACCCAUUUUGUGCACACUGCCUAGAAGAUUUGCUGUCGUUUCUGUUGCCAAAAUGGUUGCGAAAGCUCGUAAUUGUCAAUUGGGAGAAGAAGUUGGGUAUCAUAUUGGACAUUCACGACACUUCUCAGCUAGUUCAGAGAUUGUUUUUAAAACUGCUGGAGUGUUGUUGGAUGAAAUGCAAGAGAAGGGUUUGACUGCACUGAACUACAAGGUUAUUAUUCUUGAUGAAGUACAUGAAAGAUCAGUGGAGUCUGAUCUUGUACUAGUUUGUGUAAAGCAGUUUUUGUUAAAGAACAAUGACUUAAGGGUGGUUUUGAUGUCUGCUACUGCUGAUAUUUCAAGAUAUAGAGACUACUUUAGGGAUCUUGGUAGAGGCGAACGAGUUGAAGUGCUUGCAAUUCCUAGCUCAAAUCAGCACAUGGUUUUUCAGCGAAGUGUUUCAUAUGUUGACCAGGUAGCUGAAUCUCUUGGGAUAAGUUCUGAAAUAAUGCAUUCAAAAUAUUCUUCUUGUCUUGAUCUUUCCAAAUCCAAUGCUUACAUUAAGUCUGAAGUGCACAAGCUUAUUCAUGAGCUGGUGUUGCAUAUACAUAAGACUGAGCCAGAUAUUGAGAAAAGCAUUUUGGUAUUCCUUCCAACCUACUAUUCACUGGAGCAGCAAUGGCGUCUUCUGAAGCCACUUGAAUCAACUUUUAGAGUUCAUAUCUUACAUGGUAGCAUUGAUACUGAACAAGCUCUCAUGAGUAUGAAGAUUUGGAAAUCACAUCGAAAGGUAAUUUUGGCUACCAAUAUUGCUGAAUCUUCUGUGACAAUACCUAAAGUGGCUUAUGUCAUUGAUUCAUGCCGAUCCUUACAAGUCUAUUGGGAUAAAUCCCGGAAAAAGGACUGUGCAACACUUGUUUGGGUUUCCAAGUCUCAGGCAAAUCAACGUAGUGGAAGAACUGGUCGAACUUGUGAUGGCCAAGUUUAUAGAUUGGUUCCUAGAUCGUUUUACAAUGAUCUUGAGGAUCAUGAGAGUCCAGUUAUUCUUAAAUUAUCAUUAAAGCUGCAAAUUCUUUCUUUAUGUUGUGCUGGAUCCAAGGCCAUCAAUGAUCCCAAAGUUCUGUUACAAAAAGCUCUGGAUCCACCUGAUCCUCAAAUUGUUGAAGAUGCACUGGAUUUACUUGUUCAGAUGCGCGCAUUAGUUAAGACACCUCCUAGGAGCCGAUAUGAACCUACAUUUUAUGGUCGGUUACUUGCUAGCUUUUCUUUAUCUUUCGAUGCGUCUGUUCUAGUCCUCAAGUUUGGAGACAUUGGUAUGAUACGUGAGGGCAUUUUGCUGGGCAUAUUGAUGGAUACACAACCUUUACCCAUUAUUCACCCGUUUGGAGAGGAUGAAUUGUUUGCAAAGUACAUUGAUUGCUAUUAUGGUGACCGGACAAUCUUAGCCGGUCGAAAGGAGAUGGAAUUCAUGGCUAACUUUUGUGCAUUUCAGUUUUGGCAGCACAUUUUCAAGGAUAAGCACCGGCUUGAACAUUUAAAGAAUGUUUUGAAGUCUGAUAAUGUAUAUCCCGACACACAGCUGAUGCCUAAGCUUGAGGAAGAUUGGUGUUCUUUCCAUAAUCUCUACCAAUCAUCUCUGCAUCAGGUGUCAGAAAUUUAUAAUGAUAUAUUAAAUACCAUCCAUCGGUUCCGGCCAAAAUUUUUGAGCUCCUUUCGUGGCCCAAUACCUGAUUAUGAUCCUUAUGAAUUCAGACAUAUAUGCCUGUUCCAAAAUCAGCCAGAUGGACAUUCAGAUGUAGUUUCUGUUGAUGAGGAGGGCUUUGAACCAUCAAGUGAAACAACGAAAUGUGUUGCUGUACCAUAUGUUACUUUGAAUCACUUGAACAGUUAUGAAGUGGCAAAAAUGUUUGAUUUAAUUGUAAAAGAGACAAGAGCUCAGUACCAAGAUGAUUCUUUUCACCAUCAACCAGAAGAUGCUAACAACGGUAAUUUCCACAUCAACGGGGAGGUUUCUCCUUGUGUUUACUUCAUUCGUGGAUCCUGCAGCAGAGGCAGUUCAUGUUCAUUUUUACACACAUUUCAGGCUAAGAGACCACAGUGCAAGUUCUUCUUUUCCUUGCAGGGUUGCCGAAAUGGAGAAUCUUGUGUAUUUUCACAUGAUUUGGACCGACCAGCAGUGUUGGCCAGUCAAAACAUCUGCUUGCCAGAAGAUAAUACCAUGAGUUCUGCUUCCCUUCUGAACUUGUUUCCCAAAUCCAGUGACAAAUCAAUUCUGAUACUGGAUGACACAGAUUUGCGUUUCUCCUCAUGCCUUGCUUGCCACUAUGAUCCAUCCAAAGUAAUUUCAACUACAAGUGUGUCAGAAAUAACCUUUACUGAACCAUCUCUUACAGGAGUCAGAAUUUUAUGGGGUCUAAAUCAUCCUUACCAAACAAUCAUAGCCAAAGCAGGGAAGACUCUUAUUCCUUGGAAUGAAGUUCAAUGUGUACUGUGGUCUCCUUGCUUCGAUAGCUACGGUGAGGAUUUGGAUGGGAAAAAGAAGGUCGUGCAGAACUUUUUUGAAUAUCUAGCCAUUCGAAUUUUGGCUGAUGAUUUGAAGGAGAUGAAAGUUAUCAUAACCAUGAAUAAUAUUAGAUUUUCCCAACUUCAGGUUGAGAAGUUGGGAAGAGACUGUUUCUUUAUCCUGAAAGAGUCAUUUGCUUUUGAUGAAAUAAGCUUUGGGAUACUACAUGACAUGGUUAACAAUAGGCGGCCAAUGGUGGUGUCAAGGUCAUUCUCAUAUGUUUUUAGCCUGCAACCUCCGACUGACAAUCUUUUCAGCGACUAUAUUUCUACUUUGGAAAAGCUUCUCCAUAAAAUUAAAAUAAAAUAA